AUCAAGAAAACUCACAAGAUAUAAAUGCUCCAGAUAAGACUUCAGAGGGAGAAAUUACACGAGGCAUAACUAUUAUGAAAAAAAUCAUUCUUGAUAGAGAUAGAGGAGUAAAAUAUGAUGUAAACUGGAAUGAUGAUAACCAACUAAUUGAUCUUAAUGCUGCAAAGUUGACAAGCUACAUUUGGCACACUUGUUCAUAUGCACAUUCCAAUCACCUCUGAUAGAUGGACUAAAGAAGAGUUGGAUUCCGGUAAAGAUAGAAUUUGGACUGAGAUAAAGAGGUCUUUUAACAUUGAAGAUAACCAAAAAAAGUAUUGUUUUCAAUUGGCCGGAAAAAGACACAGAGGGUGGAGAUCCUUUUUAAUAAACAAGUUUCUUAAGGAUGAGCAAGGAAAUUUUGUUAAAGUGGAACGUCCAAUGAAGUAUGGGAACUUCAUUACACCUGAAGAAUGGGAUGAUUUUGUAGGCAAACAAAUAGACGAUAAUGAUUUCAAGAAAGUAAGUGAACAAAUCGCCAGAGAGCAUCAAAACCCACGUAUCCAUACAAAAAAGGGUGUUUGGGAUAUGCACGCUUACAGCAAAAAAUUGUAA